AUGUCCAAAAAUGCGCUGCCGAGCGAUUUCUUCGACGGCGGCGGCGCCGAGGCGACGAAGACGCCGUCGACGGCGACGCGGACGCGCGUGCGGACGACGUCGACGACCGAGGCGUCCGCGACGGUGGUUCGAGGCGAGGACGCGCGUGCGCGAGAGGCGAGGGCGCGCGCGGCGGCGGAGGAGAGAGAGACGCGCGAGCGGGAGAAAGCCGAGGCUGAGGCGCGAGCGAUCGCGCUCGAGGAGGCUUCGGCGGUGGAGAAGACGCACAUUGAGGUGCAGGAGCAGGUGGAGCUGUUCGAUCGCGUGGAUCGGUUGAGAAAGGCGGCGGAGGAGGUGAGGGAGGCGAAGCGGAUGAAGCGGGCGGAAGCGAAGGCGGCGCCGCGCGCGACUGCGGGCGUCGUCGCGUACAGCGAUAGUGAUGACGACGACGUUAGCGACGAGGACGAGGAUGAGCUCGUGAACUGGAGGUCGAAAAAAAUCUGA